CCGCACGGCCGGCGGCAGCGGUUGGCGGCGGCCCAGGGCCCCCGGCGCGGGAAGAGGCGGCGGGGCGGCGGCGGCGGCGGCGCCAUGGAGCCGCGGGAGGUGAAGGACCGGAUCCUCGAGAACAUCUCGCUGUCGGUGAAGAAGUUACAAAGCUACUUCGCUGCCUGCGAGGAUGAGACCCCAGCCAUCCGGAACCAUGAUAAGGUCCUGCAGCGUCUGUGUGAGCACUUGGACCAUGCCUUGCUGUAUGGACUGCAGGACCUCUCCUCUGGCUACUGGGUGCUUGUGGUUCAUUUCACCCGGAGAGAGGCCAUCAGACAGAUUGAGGUGCUGCAGCAUGUAGCCACCAACCUGGGGCGCAGCCGGGCCUGGCUGUACCUGGCCCUCAAUGAGAACUCCCUGGAGAGCUACCUGCGGCUGUUCCAAGAGAACCUGGCUCUGCUGCAUAAGUACUACGUCAAGAAUGCCCUGGUCUGCAGCCACGAUCACCUGACCCUCUUCCUGACCUUGGUGUCUGGGCUGGAGUUCAUUCGAUUUGACCUGGAUCUGGAUGCUCCUUAUCUGGACCUGGCCCCCUACAUGCCUGACUACUACAAACCUCAGUAUCUGCUGGACUUUGAAGACCGCCUUCCUAGCUCAGUCCACGGCUCAGACAGCCUGUCCCUCAACUCCUUCAACUCCGUCACAUCCACCAACUUGGAAUGGGAUGACAGCGCAAUUGCCCCAUCCAGUGAGGAUUAUGAUUUUGGAGAUGUGUUUCCAGCAGUGCCGUCUGUACCCAGCACAGACUGGGAAGACGGGGAUCUCACAGACACGGUCAGCGGCCCCCACUCUACUGCCUCGGACCCGGCCAGCAGCAAGGCCUCCACGAAGAGUCCCACGCAGCGCCAGAACCCUUUCAACGAGGACCCGGCAGAGGCUGUGUCCUCCUCCGAUACCACCCCUGUGCAUACCGCCUCUCAGGACAAGGGGGAGCCCUAUGCCGUGGACCUGUCAGAGGCCUGCCCAGAGCUCGAGGUCAUCAGGGUCACCAAGAAGAAGAAAAUUGGCAAGAAGAAGAAGACCAGAUCGGACGAGGAAGCAAGUCCACUUCACCCAGCAUCUACCCAGCAGAAGUGUGCCAGGCACGGGGAUGGCGACAGCCUUGGUGUUGGCCCAGGCCUUGGGCAGGACUCACCAGACGCUGCCCUGGCUCCCGCCCAGGAGGAGGGCGCGGGGCCCAGCAGCACAGCCGAGAGCAGCGAGCGCAUAGAGCUGGGCCAGGUGGGCCUGCUCAUCCCUGCAAUGAAGGACACCUCCAUGGAGCGCUUGGGGCAGCCCCUGAGUAAGGUCAUUGACCAGCUCAAUGGGCAGCUGGACCCCAGAACCUGGCACACCCUUGUUGAGCCCCCAGACCAGUCCUUUCGAACCGGAUCUCCCAGGGAUGCCCCGGAGAGGCCGCCAGGUUGCGACUUUAGUGAGGGACUUUCAGCCCCAAUGGACUUCUACCGCUUUACCGUCGAGAGUCCAAGCACUGCUCCACCAGGUGGUGGCAACCAUGACCCUUCAGGGCCUGGCCAACCGCUGCAUGUUCCUGGUGGCCCUGCGGCUGUUGGCCAAGAAGAGGAGGGAGGAGGGGGAGCGGAGGGGCAGGCACCUGGGCCCCUAGAGGACACCCAGGGGGAGGCUCAGGAGCCGAGGCCCCAGGAACUGGAGCCCCAGGAACAGCUGCCUGUGCCCGAGCCGGAGCCAGGGACCCAGGAGGCUCUUGGCCAGCUCAAGCAAGACCAGCCCAGCCCAUGUCCGAGCAGCGCCGAGGACUCUGGGGUGGAUGAGGGGCAGGGGAGCCCUUCCGAGAUGAUUCACGCAUCAGAGUUCAGAGUAGACAACAAUCAUCUCCUCCUGCUGAUGAUCCAUGUGUUUCGAGAAAACGAAGAGCAGCUGUUCAAAAUGAUCCGGAUGAGCACAGGGCACAUGGAGGGCAACUUGCAGCUGCUGUACGUGCUGCUCACGGACUGCUACGUCUACCUGCUCCGGAAAGGGGCCACAGAGAAGCCAUACCUGGUGGAAGAGGCCGUUUCUUACAAUGAACUCGACUACGUGUCGGUCGGCCUCGACCAGCAGACCGUGAAGCUGGUGUGCACCAACCGCAGGAAGCAGUUUCUGCUGGACACGGCUGACGUGGCCCUGGCUGAGUUCUUCUUGGUUUCUUUGAAGUCGGCCAUGAUCAAAGGCUGUCGGGAACCGCCCUACCCCAGCAUCCUGACUGAUGCCACUAUGGAGAAGCUGGCGUUGGCCAAAUUUGUGGCCCAGGAAUCGAAGUGUGAGGCGUCCACUGUUGCCGUCUACUUCUAUGGCCUUGUGCACUGGGAGGACCCCACGGACGAGUCCCUGGGGCCCGUCCCCUGCCACUGCUCCCUCCCCGAGAGCACCGUCACCAAAGAAGGCAUGCUCCAUUACAAGGCGGGCACCUCCUACCUGGGCAAGGAGCACUGGAAGACCUGCUUCGUGGUCCUCAGCAAUGGAAUCCUCUACCAGUAUCCUGACCGCACCGAUGUCAUCCCUCUGCUCUCCGUGAACAUGGGGGGGGAGCAGUGCGGUGGCUGCAGGAGGUCCAACACCACGGAUCGGCCCCACGCCUUCCAGGUCAUCCUCGCCGACCGGCCCUGCCUGGAGCUGAGUGCCGACAGCGAGGCUGAGAUGGCCGACUGGAUGCAGCACCUCUGCCAGGCUGUGUCUAAAGGGGUCAUCCCCCAGGGGGUAGCUCCCAGCCCCUGCAUCCCCUGCUGCCUGGUGAUCACAGAUGACCGCCUCUUCACGUGCCACGAGGAUUGCCAGACGGGCUUCUUCCGCUCCCUGGGCACAGCCAAGCUGGCCGACAUCAGCGCCGUUUGCACCGAGCCGGGCAAGGAGUACUGUGUGCUGGAGUUCUCCCAGGACAGCCAUCAGCUGCCCCCAGCUUGGGUCGUCUACUUGAGCUGUACUUCUGAACUGGACCGAUUCCUGUCCGCGCUGAGCUCUGGGUGGAAAGCCGUGUACCAGGUGGACCUCCCCCACAAGGCCAUCCAGGAAGCUGCUAGCAAGAAGAAAUUCGAGGAUGCCCUGAGCCUCAUCCACAGCUCCUGGCAGCGGAGUGACAGCCUCUGCCGUGGCAGAGCCUCCCGGGACCCCUGGUGCUGAGGCUGGAGCUGGUUGGCAUCCCUGGGGGAGCAGAAAAGGGGGGCCCGCUGACCAGCACCACACUCUCAUUGCUGUGUCCUCAUGUGCCCAGAGCCAGGCCUCUCACUGCUUGCUGCUGGCUCCUGCCCUGGGUGGCAGAACCACUGAGCCGGGCUUAAGAAAGGGUCACUGAGCCUGACGUCUCCACUCCCAGGGGUCCAGAAUGGAGUGCCCAUCCCCCCCCCCCGGCCUUCCUGCCCUGACAGGGCAACUAGAAAGAGCUGGGGUCAGAGAGUCUGAGCCCCAUGGGCUCUGUGGGCACCCCCUUCUCCCCAGGGUCCUCCGCCUUCAGUCUCCGUCAUCUCUCCAGCGUGGUACCGAGAGUAACGUACCCUAACGGGUGGAGCAGAGGGCUGGAGGGCCGGAGCACCCUCCCUCCUCUCGGGUCGGGGGACCAGGCAGAGGCUCAGGGCCUCCCCAGGGCCCUGAGUGCCUGGCCAUCCUGGUUCGUUUUUGAACCCUUGCCUGGGCCAUGCAGGGAAGCUGGACUGCUAAGAUCUCCAUGCAUGUUUUCCCCUAACUCCAUCCCCAGGUGCCGCCAACUGCCCUGUGGGCCCUGCCGGGUGGCCCUGCAUGCCCACCACCCCGCCCCGCUCUCCCCCUCCCCACCCCCGGCAGAGCACGGGAGCGGGAGUCGGGCGUCUCCUGCCAGGAGCAGUGGGGAAGGAGAAGGGGCUUGAGGCGCAGGGCCCACCAGCCUGCAGUGUGGUGGCCACGUGAACACUUCCUGACUGUCCCCCACUUGGCUGGAGCUGGGCCCUUCCCAGAGCUUUGUCAAGGAUCCUUGUUGGGGAAGGGUCAGGUGGUUUGGGUUUUGUUUUUUUUGUUUUUUUUGUUUUUUUAAAUAAAAUAGACACGUUAUAUUGCCA